GUGUGUGGGUCAGUCAGUGAAAGUGUGCUGAUGAAAAAACAUAUCUGACAGGUAUAAUGUAGACAUCAACUCAAUCUGAAACUGAAGCUUCACGGUUAAGUUUAUGAACACAUGGACCUAUUAAAAUGCGAACGGACUGAAUGAAAAGGACCGGGAUGCCUUUUGCCCCUGGAAUUCGAUCUGUUCGUUUCACAGGAUUUUCAGUUGCGUUAAUGCUGUUAUCGACGUGCUCGUGCAGCGACCACCCUGUCAUUAAAGUUAAUGCUAUGGUUGGAGAAGCAGCAGCUCUUCCCUGCAUGUGUCCUCCUGACUGGCCUCCGUAUCUGGUCUGGCAGAAGUCCAUCGAUGAUCAGGCACUUGUGGUUAAUUACUACAAAGAUGACGACCAAGAAGACAACCAAAUGGCACUCGAGUACAGGAACAGAACAGAGCUGAGGCUGACAGGAAACUGUUCUCUUGUGAUUCAUAUUGUGUGUUCAUCAGACCAGGGACUGUACAUCUGUUACUAUAAGAAAAAACCUUUAAGGCAUGAAAAAAUCUAUCUGGAGGUCACAGCACAACAAGUACAAGGAAAAGAGUCAGCUGAACCUCAGAGCGUCCAGAGCACCAUUGUGAUUUCUUCAGUCUGCGGGUCUCUCGUCAUUUUGAUCACAAUUGCUGCAGCAUAUGUGGGAAUUACUUGCAGAAAUAGACAUCAGAUCAGAAGGCAUUAGUAAAUGUAGUCAUACAGCAGGAAUGCAUACGCCCACCACUGACCCAGAUAUCUGUGUGUGUUUGUAUAACAUGUCUCGCGUUCCUGCAUUUAGUGCUUUUUAAAGCAGUUUUAUACAAAGAUGGCGAUGUAAUAUCAGAUGUUUUGGAGCCAUCUGUUUGUUUACUGGAAAUUAACACUGUUCUUAGCAACAGUAUACAUCAUCUACUUAUCUUAAGACAUGAGCAAGUUUGUCUGUUUUUUUUUAAGCUUGAUGUGAAGUAUUAAUGCCAACAAUUUUUGUGAUUCAUUAUGUUUUGCCAUAUAUAAAGUAUA